AUGCCAGCCCGAUCCAACGGCACCCUUCAGAGAGGGGACGAUGACGAAGUAUGUCCCGUCUGCAAGUCAUCCAGAUACCUCAAUCCGGACAUGCGAUUUCUCAUCAAUCCGGAAUGCUACCAUAAAAUGUGCGAAUCAUGCGUCGACCGCAUUUUUUCAUCAGGGCCUGCACCCUGUCCAGUUGCCGGCUGCCGAAAAACCCUGCGAAAAAAUAAGUUUCGGAAGCAGACCUUUGGGGACCUUGCGGUUGAGAGGGAGGUUGAUAUCAGAAAACGGGUAAUGGGCAUCUUAAACCGACGAGAAGAAGAAUUCGACGACAAACGUGCCUGGGAUGAUUUUCUAGAACAACGAGAGGAGAUCAUAGCCAAUCUCGUAAAUGACAUCGACGUUGCAAAGACGGAGGCCCAGCUCGCCCAGUAUUCCGCAGAAAACUCCGCCUCUAUUCGUCAUAAUAAGGACCUUGCCAGACAGGAGUAUGCAUCCUUUGAACUUCACCAAUCUGCCGAGCAAGAGGAGCUCCGUCGACGACGUGAAGCUGCCAGGCUAGACUACGAGAACGAGAGGAAGGCUAAAAUUGCUAGUCGGGAAGACAUGAUAGCCCGCCUUGCAUCCGGAGAUGCUGAGGAGGCCAAAGCAGUCGCCCGUGAAUCUGAACGAGCCCAUCAGCUUAAGAAGUCUUCCGCCAGACGCAGCGAAGAAGAGAGAUUGAAGCGGAAACAAGCUGCCUUACGAGCUGCAGAGAGCGCAAACAAAGCCCCAUUGGCUGCCGGGACAGGCAAUGCUGCAGCCGCUGGUGGAGGGUUGAUCAAGGGCCUAAGGAAGAUCAAGACCCCUGAGCCAGAGAAACCAUAUGAUCCGUUCGCCGGUGCAGCAUCGCUCAACAGCCGUGACUAUUACGAGCUCCGUGAUCAUUACCCGUCAACAUACCUUGACCCGCUACGUGAGGAUACGAGAGUUCUAGCUGGUGGCUAUGACCUCCGAGAGUAUUACGAAAGGACACUGCUAGAAGCAUUUGCAGGCCUUGGCUGUUUUGUGAGCGAGGAGAUAUCUGAAAGGGACAAAUCUGCCGCAGCACCUCCGUCGAGAGGAACGCCAUCAAAACAGAAGAUGCAGACAAAGCUUUCUUCACCUUCCUCCUUGCCUGCCAAACGACGAGCGCAUGGGAUGGAUAGUACCCAAAAGAACAGCGACGAUGUGUUCUAG